CAGAGAACUUGGACUUCCAGAAGAGUUAGUUUCCAGGCAUCCAUUCCCAGGUCCAGGCCUGGCAAUCAGAGUAAUAUGUGCUGAGGAACCUUAUAUCUGUAAGGAUUUUCCUGAAACCAACAAUAUUUUGAAAAUAGUAGCUGAUUUUUCUGCAAGCGUUAAAAAGCCACAUACACUAUUACAGAGAGUCAAAGCCUGCACAACAGAAGAGGAUCAGGAGAAGCUGAUGCAAAUUACAAGUCUGCAUUCACUGAAUGCCUUUCUGCUACCAAUUAAAACUGUGGGUGUGUAGGGUGACUGUCGUUCUUAUAGUUAUGUGUGUGGAAUCUCCAGUAAGGAUGAGCCUGACUGGGAAUCUCUUAUUUUCCUGGCUAGACUUAUACCUCGCAUGUGUCACAACAUUAACAGAGUUGUCUAUAUAUUUGGCCCACCAGUUAAAGAACCUCCUACAGAUGUUACUCCCACUUUCUUGACAACAGGGGUGCUCAGUACUUUACGCCAAGCUGAUUUUGAGGCCCAUAACAUUCUCAGGGAGUCUGGGUAUGCUGGGAAAAUCAGCCAGAUGCUGGUGAUUUUGACACCUUUACAUUUUGAUCGGGACCCACUUCAGAAGCAGCCUUCAUGCCAGAGAUCCGUGGUUAUUCGAACCUUUAUUACUAGUGAUUUCAUGACUGGUACACCUGCAACCCCUGGCAAUGAGAUCCCUGUAGAGGUGGUGUUAAAGAUGGUCACUGAGACUAAGAAGAUUCCUGGUAUUUCUCUAAUUAUGUAUGACUUAACAUCAAAGCCCCCAGGAACUACUGAGUGGGAGUAAUAAACUUCUUGUUCUACU